AUGUCGGGACCGGCUUCACCCGACUCCACAGACCCCUUCAAGGAGGCAAACCCUCCAGCACCUUCUACGCAAGGAAUUCCCAGCACCUCAGCAUCCCCGACCUUGCGGCAGUACCAAACACCUCCGACAUGGAUCCCUAUAGCUCCCGUUCAGUCACAUGUCAAUAUGUUCACUGGCCGAUCUGAUACCGAACAAUUGAUAUCGCCUUCGCCGUCAACAAGGUCGGACGAAGGCAGGUUGACUUUGAGUCCAGGAUCUAUCAAUCGUGUCUUCCCUGUUCGUUCGACCGUUUCCAUCGAUCCUGUUGCUACUCCGAUGCCUCGUAUGAAUCUGGCCAGUGGUUAUCCCGGGAUGAGACCUCCCAUUGGCUCUAGAAACGCAAGUCGUGCUAUCCUGGGACGUGUAUCCACGUCGACAAGGCACGCAUCGGCGUCUGAAGCGUCAGACCCCGGCUCGACAUCCUAUUCCAUGGGCAAUAUCGACCAUCAUUUUCUGAACGAUAUUGUUGCAGACGAUGUUUCCACCAAGUCGGAAGUCUCGAGUCUGUCUGGUGGAGUACCACUCUCCGUAGCGUCAGAACCAGGUUUGGUUACGGCACGCUUCAAGCAUGUAGUAACUGACGGUGGCCAUGCUGUGAUUACAGGAAGGGACGGGGAGACAUUACAACGAUGCGAAGAUGAGCCAAUUCAUAUUCCGGGUGCCAUCCAGAGCUUUGGUCUUCUCAUCGCUUUCCGGGAAGAGAACGAAAAGCUGGUUGUGCGCGUGGUAAGCGAAAACUCGGCGAAAUUCAUCGGCUAUACACCUCCUCAACUCUUCAAACUUGAAUCAUUUCUCGACAUCUUUGUCGAGGACCAAGCGGAUAACUUGCUGGACCACCUGGACUUUAUCCGUGAGGAAGGUGCAGCAGAUGUCGUGGCGAACGGACCAGACGUUUUCCUGUUGUCGAUCAAACCUCCACAGGGCCGGACCCGUCGGUUAUGGUGUGCUAUGCAUCUGUCGGAGACAGAUCCAGGCCUAGUGAUUUGCGAGUUCGAAAUCGAAGACGAUACGAGAAAUCCACUGGCUUCCCCAGAGGACUUGACUCCUCCAGUACCUGAAAACACUCUCGGAAGUAAUCCUACAGUUGAAGAACUCAUGGACAGCACUGUCAAUAUCAGCAAGCCGUUACGCGUCUUGCGCAGUGCUCGUAAGAAGAGAACAGAGGCAGCAGCAAUGGAGGUAUUCAACAUCAUGUCCCAGGUACAAGAACAACUUGCCAGUGCGCCAACCUUACAAACCUUCCUCAAAGUCCUCAUUGGCAUCGUCAAGGAAUUGACCGGCUUUCAUCGUGUCAUGAUAUACCAGUUUGACAAUGCUUGGAAUGGGAGAGUCGUUGCAGAACUUGUUGAUCCUCGAUCGACGUGGGACCUCUACAAAGGCUUGAAUUUUCCCGCAUCCGACAUACCCAAACAAGCACGAGACUUGUACAAGAUCAACAAGGUCCGCUUGCUCUAUGAUCGUGAUCAGGAGACUUCCCGACUCGUAUGCAGAACUGUGGAAGACCUUGAGAAACCUCUCGACAUGACGCAUGCGAACCUUCGUGCGAUGUCUCCGAUCCACCUGAAAUACCUCGCCAACAUGGGCGUUCGGUCAUCUAUGUCAAUUUCGAUAAACGCCUUCAAUGAACUGUGGGGACUGAUCUCUUGCCAUUCGUAUGGAAGCAAGGGGAUGAGGGUGUCAUUUCCCAUCCGCAAAAUGUGUCGGCUAGUCGGCGACACUGCCUCUCGCAACGUGGAGCGUCUUUCCUACGCUUCUAGAUUGCAGGCUCGUAAACUUAUCAACACCUCCUCCACCGCCACAAACCCAUCGGGAUACAUCGUGGCCUCCUCUGACGACCUAUUGAAAUUGUUCGACGCCGACGUCGGUGCACUUUCAAUUAGGGAUGAGACGAAGAUUUUGGGAAACCCCCGGGGUCAUCUUCAAGAGGUCCUUGCUAUGGUCGAAUACCUCCGAAUGAGAGGGAUGAGCGCAGUGUUCUGCUCGCAGGACAUCAGCAACGAUUUUCCUGAUUUGCGAUACGAACCAGGCUGGAAAUUCCUGGCUGGUGUCCUUUUCGUCCCUUUGUCGACUGGUGGGAAUGACUUUAUUUCCUUUUUCCGUAAAGGCGUGUUACAAGAAGUUAAAUGGGCCGGAAAUCCCUACGAAAAAUUUGUCAGGGAAGGGACGGAAGGCUAUCUUGAACCCAGAACGAGCUUCAAAGCGUGGAGCGAGACCAUCGUUGGCCGAUGUCGAGACUGGACAGACGAAGAGAUAGAGACAGCGUCGGUCUUAUGCCUUGUCUACGGCAAGUUCAUCGAGGUCUGGCGUCAGAAAGAGGCAGCCCUCCAAAACAGCCAGCUGACUCGUCUUCUGCUUGCCAAUUCCGCGCAUGAGGUUCGUACCCCAUUGAAUGCAAUCAUCAACUACUUGGAAAUUGCGCUCGAAGGUCAGCUGGACCAGGACACACGAGAGAAUUUGGCUAGGUCCCAUUCCGCCUCGAAAUCGUUGGUAUAUGUCAUCAACGAUCUCCUGGACCUUACGAAAACAGAGGGUGGUCAAAAUCUGGUCAAAGACGAGCCGUUCAACCUCUUGAACACCUUGAAAGACGCCACUGAUCCUUUCAUCGGCGAUGCCAAGCGAAAGAAUUUACGGUACGACGUUAUGAUUCAGGCCGAGCUGCCCCAACGGGUCAUUGGCGACCAUCAAAGAGUUCGACAAGUGGUAUCAAACCUCAUCGCGAACGCAAUACAACACACAAAAGAAGGGAGUGUCAUCGUGGAAGCACACAUCUUAUCAACUCCUCAGGCGCAAGGCAAGACUGAGAUCGAAGUUGUUGUCGAGGAUUCCGGAAUAGGGAUGUCUCAGACCAAAGUCGACGCGUUGUUUAGAGAACUUGAAGAAGUUUCCUACGAAGAGGAUCUGCCGAGCCCUACCGCAAUGACCAGUGAUAAAUUCAUCGAUAAAACCCAGUCGGAAAACAUCACCCUUGGUCUAGGUCUUGCUGUUGUUGCACGCACCAUUCGGAAUAUGAAUGGACAGUUGCGAGUGAAGACGGAAGAGGGGAAGGGUUCUCGGUUUGUCAUUGUCCUAAACUUUGAAAAUGAAGCGUCCGAGGCAGCCCCAUCAGACAACCUUCCACGAUCUUCGGAGGCCACGUCUCGACCCUCCACAUCUUCCGGGCCGCGUGAAGGCGAGGUCACUUUGAUUUACAAGAAUCCUCCAAGAACCCCUGAGCCGCCUCCCUUUAUUCGCAGAGAAAGUGCUGGCAGUAUGAACAGCCUGGCAAGUCUCAAAAGCGGAAAAAGUGCUCCGAGUCUCAAAAGCGAGGCAAGCCAAAGGAGUGACGCCGACAGACUUAUUGAUGCUAUUCAGCAGCCUCUGCAUUUGGCUGAAAAGCCGAGCAGCAGUGCUAGUCCUAGCACCAAAGAGUCACGUCGCAUUUCUCGAGAGUUGGCUGACGCCUUUUCGAACACUCCCAAAACUAGAAGUCUUCCUUCUCCGAGAGAGCUGAAGUCUGUGUUCUCCCGAACAGGAGGAUCGGAAAGGAUAAAGGACUCUGGAACCCCACUGCGGCCUGUCCGAGUUCCUGAUAACCAUCCUGAACAUCCCAGCGGGUCGCUAUCUGGGUUCAGGGUUCUCUUCGAAGAGCCGGAGUCGGUGGGUACACGAUCUGAUACGACUGAAACGCCAAAGGUCACAUCGUCCGAUAACUUCUCGGUCUUGGUUGCUGAGGACGACCCUAUCAACAGCAAAAUAAUGAGGAAACGUCUAGAAAAGCUUGGACAUGCAGUUCAUAUGACAGUGAAUGGUGAAGAGUGUUCUUCGGCACACGGCGAACAGCCUGCUUCGUUCGAUGCCAUUCUUAUGGAUCUUCAAAUGCCCAUCGUGGACGGAUUCAGCUCCACGAAGAUGAUUCGAUCGUUCGAAAAAACCUACGGCAAGUCGUGUCUUUCCAGUAAAGCUGGUGGCAAUGGACGAAUCCCUAUCUUCGCGGUCUCUGCUUCUUUGACCGAAAAGGAGCACGACAAAUAUGUGCAAAUAGGUUUUGACGGGUGGAUAUUGAAACCGGUGGACUUCAAGCGAGUGGAUCUGCUGUUGAAGGGCAUUGUCGACCAGGAAGCUCGGAAUGAAUGUGUCUAUGAGCCGGGCAAAUGGGAAAGAGGAGGGUGGUUCUCGCCUCGGGACGAGCAUCAAGAUCCUUUUGGUAUCAACACCAAGCCGAGUGGGGAGACGCCAACUAAGCAAUCAGAACAAAGUGAUUUCAACAUGACCAGAACCACUUCGGCCGAGCAAUCGCCACCUUCGAAGGCAACCCUUGUCCUAGACAAUGAAAGCACACGAUGA